AUGCAGAAGUCAAACCACAGGCAGAUAGGGAAUAAACUGCUUACAGAAAAGCCGAAAAGUCGAAAUCUCCCACAGAACGAACACUUGAUGCUGAGCAAGCAUCACAGGGACUACGUGAUCAUGCGAAAAUUCUCAUCUGUGUCCAACUGUGAACUGGAUCCAGCUUCUCUCAACCUGAGCUGCAUGAAGUAUGGCGCCAGCCUGGUGUGGUGCGAGGAGCGGCCGCCGCUCGGGGCCCCCUCGGGCGCGAGCAAGGGCGCCUUCAGGUUCUGCGUGUGCAGCCGCGCGCUGGAGGUGGGCGAGCAGAGCGUGCGCCUCGGCGCCGUCACCAUAGUCCUGCACAACAGCCCCGAGUACCAGCUCCUCGCAUCCCCCCGGCACAUCUUCCUGGUGCCCGCCGCGAGCGACUUUGCCACCGUCUCCAAGUUCCUGCUCGUCUGGCACGCCGAGGAGGCAAGGCUCACCGUCACUGCCCCCUCCGCGGGCUUCGUCCUCAGCAAGGUGAUGCGCUCCAGCAGUGAAUCCGACUUCAGGAAGCUCCUGCUUGGCUUUGUGGGUCUUCUCUCGACCCUGGCGCCUCUGGACAUUCACACCUCUGCCCUGUCCAACCAUGGGGGGCUGCUGCUGGUGAGCACACAGGGCACUGUGAAUGUGGUAGAGCCAGACGGGACACAAAGGCAUGUCUUUGACCUAGAGGGAGGCCCUUUGGCCCAAGGUGAUGAUGUGCAGCUGAAGACUUUUGGUAAUGUGCUGGCCUGCGUGUCUGCAGGGGUUCUGUACCUCAUUGACCAGAACAGUGGAAGGCUCAUAGAAAAGAAAAUCCUCAACAUGAAAACAGUGCAUUUCCUGGAGUCCCCAGGAGAGGAGGACAACAUCCAGCUCCUCACUCCAACUGGGAUUUACAGCGUCAGCUUCUCUGUCCCCGAGGACAGCAGCAGGCCUGAACCGUGCCUCGUGGAGAUGGUGUUUGAGGAGGCCUGCAGAUACUACCAGAGGAGGAGCCUCAGCAGCUCCAAGCUGACAGUGGAGAAGCUGAAGAAAGGUGGCACCUUCCAGGCUCCCGUGGCCCUUGCUGCCAUCCUACAGCACAGCCUCCGCCAGAAGGAGAAGCCAGGCCAAGGCCUCCAGGACACUUACGCCAAGCUGUUGAACACAAUGAGCCAGGAGCUGCAGAGCUACCUGAGCCUGGAGCUCCUCAAGACCUGUGUGGUGGGUGCCCCAGAGACUGAGGUGGAAAGCUACUGUGAGGAACUGGUGGAGCAGGAGAUCAGCCGUGUUCUCCACUCUGACAUUGACAAGGAUAACUUGGCCUAUCUGAACUCUGUCUUCACCUCCUUCCCCAAGGCUGCCUGGAAGGCCACAAGGGGCUGCCUGCAGUUGCAGCAGAAUGGGGACGGCCACUUGGUAGCCAGGGCCACCCCGGAGGUGUGGAAGAAGGUCGUGGGGGGGCCACAACAGGACGAGGUGGGUCUGAAUGGGGUGGUCCCGCUCUUUGAGCUCAUCUGCACGUCCUUGCUGAGGUUCAAACCCAAGUGGCUGCCCAGUUUUGUUGAGCUGACGCAGGAGUACGUGAGCAUCUCUUGGGCAUACAGCAGCAAGGAGGGCCCAGAGGGCCGGGUGCCCCUGUACAAGAGAGCGCUGGGCGUCCUGGCGCGGAAGAGCAAGCGCAGCGAGGCGGAUGAUGAGUUGGAGCUUGAGCUGCUGCUCUGCAGCAAGAGGCCUAAGGCUGUGCUGCAAGCCGUGCGCCUCCUCAUCCAGCUGAAGCGCUGGCAGCGGGUGGUGGAGGUCGCCGAGAAGUUCUCCAAGGUCAGCCCCUUGCUCAACAAGGAGAUAUUCACCACGCUGCUGGCAGAGUUUGCCCAGCACCGAGAGCUGGACCCGUAUCUGGACAGGCUGUGGCCGCUGUGCCCCGCUGAGCUGACCGCCUCAGACAUCCUCACCGUGAUCCUGCAGCACCUGCCCGCCUCCCAGGAGGAAGCAGUGCCCUUCUCAAGUGAGGGGGGGCAGCUGACUGUGGGCCUGCUCAAACCGCUCCUGCAAAGGGUCGUGCAGCGCCCCAGCGUGCAGGACGAGGUGUACGGGGACGCUCUGCAGAGUCCCACCUUCCCGCCGCCCACCCCACGCCGGGAGCACAGGAGCCCUCCCCAGGCAGCGGCUGAUGAUGCCUCUCAGCCACCCGUGCCAAGGACUUCCUCUCCCUCAGCACUGGCGCAGGGUGACACUGUGUGA